AAGGGCUGCAGCUGACAAUGAAACUCUCUCAGGAAACUUAAGUCUCCGGUGACAAAUAAGACUCUCAACCAAGACAGGAUGCAUUAUGACCCAGCCACUGAGCCAAAGGGAUAUGGGAGGCAAACAAGCUGUGCUCUAUUGUCUUGGCAUAUGCUUUACAGACAUUUAUAGAAUUUGAGCUCAGAUUGAAAUCACUCAGUUCGUUGUUCCUUCAUUCAGCAAAGAUGGGGAUUCCUCAGCAAGUAUUUUGGCAGCUGCUGAUUUUGGGACUGACAGUUCAGCCCAGUGAAGAGGUGGAAGCUUUGUGUUCUGGGACCACGUGCUACACACUGAAUUUUGGACGGUUUAGUUGGAUGGAUGCUCAGCAAAAGUGCAAGGACAAUGGGGGUAACCUGAUGACUCUGAAAAGCCAAGAGGAGGCUUUGCUUGUCCCACAGCUGCUCACCAAGAUGCCCAAAGGGGAAGCCGGCACAGUUUCAGAGGUAAGAUUGUGGAUUGGGCUUCACCGAAAGAAAGGCAAAUGCUACGAUAAACAUCGGCCAUUGAGGGGCUUCCGCUGGGUGACAGGAGGUGAGGACACCCAGUACUCUAAAUGGGGACAGGAACCCCGGGAAACCUGCUUGUUAAAUAUGUGUGUGGCCCUUCAGGGAGCUCCCUUCUCAUCUCAGGAACUGCCCUGGGUAGACAGCCUCUGUGGUAAUGCAGCUGCUGGGUUGUCAGGCUUCUUGUGCAAGUUCAGUUUCCAGGGAAUGUGCCGUCCGCUCAUACUGGCAGGGCCAGGCGUGGUCAGCUACAGCACCCCUUUUGGUGUAGCCACUGAUUUCCUUGUAACUGUACCCUUUGGCUCCACGGCUGAUGUAGCAUGUGAGCCCCAAGGAGAGGAGAUACCUAACAUCUUCCUUGUGUGCAAGCCACAGCCAAACAGCAAUGUCUCUGAAUGGAGCAGCCCAGGUCCAUUUUGUGCUUCACCCAUUUACGGUUGCAGCUACAGCAAUGGGGGUUGUGAACAUGAGUGCUUGAAUCAAGGCAAGGGUUUGUUUCGAUGUGCAUGCCACUCAGGAUACCAACUUGGAGGGGAUCAUCUUUCCUGUGUCCCCGUGGACUACUGCAGCUCCAAUCCAUGUCAAGGACAGUGUAAACCAUACCCUGGAGGCUUCCAAUGCCUCUGUGCUUCUGGUUAUAUUCUGGCUGAUGAUGAGCGGAGCUGCAUAGAUGUGAAUGAGUGUGGUGCGCUUCAAAGUCCUUGUGAACAAAUAUGUGUGAAUACCAAGGGGUCCUUCACAUGUCAUUGCAACCUUGGCUACAUGCCUGCUGAGUCUGACCACCAGGCAUGCCAGGACAUUGAUGAGUGUGCAAGGAACACACCAUGUGACCAGAUUUGUGUAAAUACUCAUGGCUCCUUCCACUGCUCUUGCCAGCCAGGAUACCAGCUGGAAGGUAUUAAUAGCUCUUCUUGUCUAGAUAUUGAUGAGUGUCAGGAAGAACUUUGUGAACAUAUGUGCAUCAAUCAAGAUGGCAGCUACCGGUGCUCUUGUAGGGAUGGCUGGAUUUUGGCACCCAAUGGGAUCUCUUGUCUCUUGGAUCCCACAAGCAGCACCUCUUCAACAUUCAUUCAAGGAGGAGAAUGGAUUCCAACAGACAUUCAUCCUGCUUCAGAGUUACCAGCCCUCCUGACUGAUCCUCCACUUCAAGCUGAGCUAGAAGGAGUCUUUGCAUCCCAGGAUUACACCCUUCAGCCAGCUGUGGUCAGCAAUACACUGGAGGACAAACCCCAUAUCAGAGAUGAGAGGAUAGAUAAGAACAGUCAUGGCUCCAAGCAAUUUUUAUAUCUUAUCUUGGGCGGUGUGGGUGUUUUAUUCCUGGUGUCUUUUGCCCUAGCUUGGGUCAUCUACAGAAAAGUAAAAGCCAAGGAGGUCAAGAAAAAUUCUAAGAAUGUCACGGAUAAUUACUCUUGGGUAAAAGACCAAGGAGAGAGCAGGGCAGCAGGAAGCAAGGAGGGUUUGUAUCUGUCACUGGCCAGAUCAAGGCGCUAUAAAUGCUGGGGCCGCCUGAACGGGAAGCGACGACGGGGCACCCCGGUUUCACUCGAAGAGCGCUCGCCGUCAUCGCCUGCUAACAUGUGGUUCCUCCUAGUGGCGAUGGGCAGCCUGAGAGCGGGGCUGGCGUCGCCCGUACCGUCUCCGGCGCCGAUCCCUUUAGGCGCGCAGUGCCUGGGCUCCGCCUGCUUCGGUUUAUUCGGCACUUCCCUGAGUUUCGGCGAGGCGGGCGGCGUGUGCGAGGAAGGCGGCGGACACCUCAUGACGGUCCGCUCCACGGUGGCGGCCGAGGCCAUAGCGCUGCUAUUGCUGCGCGACCUCCGUGGCAGCGCCUGGCUAGGUUUGCGCCUGCCCGAGAACCGCUGCGUCGAGCCGGCGAAACGCCUGCGGGGAUUUCAGUGGGUCACCGGCGACGAGUGGACGGACUUCGACGCUUGGGAGAGCAACGGGUCCGACCCAAAAGUGCCCACCUGCGGCCCCACGUGCGUGGCGGUGACUCGCCAACUGAAGUGGCAGGAGCGCGCCUGCAACGCCUCCGCCGAAGCCGUCCUCUGCGAGUACAGCUAUCCGAACGGGACCUGCGGGCCCCUGACGGACGCCUUCGCGGUCACUUACCUCACGCCCUUCGGCGCCCAGGAGAGCGAUCUGGUGGCCUCUCCGCCGGGCACUACGGCGGAGUUGCCGAGCUUGGGCGCCCUCCUGGAGUGUCGCGCGCAGGGCAGCAACGGGACUUUCCAGUGGGGUUCAGCCACGCCUGGCGCCUGGGAUUGCCAGUUGCAAAAUGGGGGCUGUGCCGACCAGUGUCGUUUGGACGAGCAAGGGAGACCCUACUGCGCUUGCCCGGAAGACAAGAGGUUGUCGGAGGACCAACGGAGCUGUUGGUACCCCUGUGCCAGUUUAGGAUGCCAGCAGCAUUGUGAGCCUCAGGGUGACUCUGGAGUCUGCAUGUGCUUUGAGGGUUAUAAGCUGGAUUCCGAUGGUAAGAGCUGCUUGGACAUCGAUGACUGUCAGGCCACACCAGGGCUUUGUGAACAGGUGUGCAUUAACACCCAGGGCGGAUUUGAGUGCCGCUGCUGGCAAGGCUACAGUCUGAUAAAGGACAAAUGCCUUCCAGACAAAUGGGGGUGCUUUGAUUUAACGUGUGAACAUGAGUGCAACCUUGUUAAUGGAGAGUAUAAAUGCACAUGUUUUGAGGGAUAUACUCCAGACCCCAAAAGUCCUAAUAAGUGUCUCCUAGUCUGUGACCAGGCUGAAUGCCCUGCACAAUGUGACCCACACACUCUAGAUAUAUGCUAUUGUCCGGAAAACUUUAUCUUGGAUGGGAAAACAGAUGGUAUGAAAGUAUGCAUAGACAUCAAUGAGUGUGAGUCUGAAUUCUGUGGUCCCCUGGAGUGCAUAAAUACACCUGGCAGUUACAGCUGCAUCUGUCCUGAUGGACGUAUUCAAGAAGCCAACAGCUUCUGUGAGCAGCCAUCAGAAGAACCAGAGGAGUUUUCAGGUCAAACUGAAAUUUAUCCCAAAUCAACUGUUCCUCCUUCCUUUGCCCCACCAAAGGAUGGCAGGAGUCAAGGGACAUUGGCUGCAAUCAUUGUUAGCGUCACCCUUACGGUUGUGAUGUUGGUAGUUAUUAUCUGCUACCUGGUGAAGAAACGCUAUGCUGCACAAAGCAUAUCGGACUACAAAUCUCAGCAGUCUCAAAGUGGUGUGGCACUUCAGCAUGUUAGUCCAACGUGUGACUCUUCCAGACAGAAAAUAUAGGAAACAUUCAUUUUGGAAGGAGAAAAGAGACAGUAAUUUUAAAAACUGCAAAGAAUUGUUUGUGAAUUUGGGGGUAGGGGGGAGUCCUAUGCAGAUGCUGUUUAAUUCAUAACUGCCUGCAUGAACUCUGAAGUAACAUUUUUCUUUCAUUUCCUGAGAGUUCAUUGUCAUGCCAUGAGAGCAUUGUUAGUAUUUGACACUGACUUAUAAUGUGAAUCCCAUGUGUGCACAGAAAUGAAGUUUGGGAUGCAUUUAUGUAGGACUUCAGUUCUACUACUACUUUUUUCCAAAUGCAACUUGAUUGGUCUGUUCUUUGUUGUAUAGACGUAACGCUGCCUGUGUUGAAGAUCAAGAUCAAAUGAACUGGGAGGGAUAUUAAACUUCUACAAGUAUUUUUUCUGGGAGCUUCCACUGUUAUAUAUAUAUAUUUCUAAUUCACAGCUUUCACCUUGUUACUGGACAACAAUUCUAUGUAACAGUCUUGACAUAGUCUCUGUGAACAUUGAAGGAGUUAGCUAUCCGCCCGUGCUAAAUUAUCCAUUUAAGUUUAACUAUUAUGCAGCCCCAUUCUCCUCCUGGUUCCCCCCCCCUUUUUUUUUAAAUUUUUGGUUACAGAUUUUGGCUUGGGAGAAUUUAGCUUUUCAUUAGGCAUUCAGUUCGUAAUACAAACUUUCUGUGUUCUCAAAGUAGUUUUGAGUACUUGCUGCUAUAAGCUACAACUACUUUAUUGCGAUGUUGUUCCUUUUUUCCAUGUGUGACUUUCCUUUGUCUUCAUCUCAUUUUCAUCUUAUUCUAUUUGUUUCACAGAGGAUUUCUCGUAAUUGAAAAAUAUGUGACAUACCAGUUUGCACUUUGGACACUUUUAUUUAACUGGAUUAAAUUCCUUUCUUUCAUGUUUUGUUUUAAUAUAAAAUGUUCACCAGUUUUAAAGGAAGCCUUUCAGAUUUUCAGUACUGUAUUGGAAAGAGUUGGAGAAUGACAUUUUAAUGCCUUCAUUUGAGAGACUUUCAUUUUUAUUUAAGACAAUAAGCAUGAUAAAAAAGGACUUUAAACAUUGUCAAGCAAAUUUUAUCUAAU